AUGGCAAUAUUCUACAUGGGUUGGAUCAUGGUGUUCUACCAUCUGCUGGCCGAUAUGGCCAAAGAGAUCAUAUUGCUCAUCGAGCUUACCACCCACAGCGCGGUGGAACUCGCCACCAGCCGUGCGAGUGUACAGACAAAACAGAGUGACGUCUACCGUUUUGGAGUGGUCCUGCAUUUUAUGGAGUCGAUUAGUGGGGACGUCUUGGUUAGGAUCUUGGAUAGUCGUUUGGAGGCGUGUGGUGAGGUUGAGGUGCUGAUGCUAGUUGGAAAACUUGUCGAGAAGUGCUUAGUGUGCUCGUCAAUGGAUAGGCCGACUAUGAAGAGAUUUUGUGUCAGGAGGUACAUGUUCGAGUUUCAAUCUGCAGGAGGCGGCUAUGCUCAUAGGUAA